GAGGGGUUCCAAACGGUCCCUAUAGCGCAAUACCCGCCAAAAAGUAUGAUAUCAACACUAAUAAAUAUUGUUCUUCAACAUUCAUCCCCUCUUCUUUCCACUUUUCGGAAUUAGUAGUAAAUUUUGAAUUUUCUUUCAAAUAAGUAAAUAUUGAACUUUUGUACUAAAAGCCUAUGAAGACUUCUCGCAGAACUAGCUAUUACUCUUCCGUCGGUGUUGAUGUUGGUGCUGGUGCUUCCACAGUUACUUAUUUUGCGGAAAAUGACCAAUCUACCCCGAAGAUCAUCCAAGUUCCAAUUCAGUCCCCGCCGGAAAAUAAUGAACUUCGGAACCCGUCGGCUCCGAUAGGAAAGGCUGCUGUUAAGAUACAGUCAGCUUACAGAUCUCACGUAGUUCGAAACCUUGUAAAGAAGAUCUCAGCCGUCAAUUCUGAAGCCAAUUAUUUACAGCGUCUUAUCCAACGACAGGACACAGUUGACGCUGUAAGGUCCAGUGAACGAGAGAGAAUCAGGAUGAACGAGGCACUGAUGAAUUUGCUAUUGAGAUUAGACUCAGUUCCAGGAAUUGAUCCAUCUGUCAGGGAGCUGAGACGAGAUCUGAGUCGCCGGAUUGUAGGGCUGCAAGAGAUACUAGAUGCUGUUUCUGACACUAAAAUACAGAACUGGGAUGGAUUUCUAAUGGAUUGGGAUGAUGUUGUAGAGAGGAUGGAAAUGGAUGUAUGCAAAGAGAGAGGUGGCGGCGAUGAACUAGAGGCGUUUUGUGCUGAGCAUUUGGGAUUUCGAUGCCUACAAAGGUUUCUCCGCGAUCAAUGAUCUUAAUAUGUUAAUACGUAUAUCUAUAUCAAUAUCUAUACAUGUAUCUGAAUUGUUGAUCUUAUUGUAUAUGACUUCUCUUGCCUUGUUGCCUUCUCUCUGUGCUUA